UAUUUUCUCUGUUUAUACGUUACAUUCAUAUAUAUCUUCCAUUCUUCUUUUUCUUGUCUUCCUCAUUUUUUCGCUCAAAGAACAUUUCCGCCAUUAAAGAACAAUUAAACCUCCAAAUUCUCCAAAUGCAAGCACUGAUUACCCAAUCUCCUAGCUCACCUAGCUUCAAUUCUUACUCCUCAGAGAAUCUCACUGAAAUUGCAGCCAGAGUUGUUCGAGAAUUCACUAACGAUCAACCAGAUGAUUAUGACUGUAAUAUCAUCUUUAAUUCGCUACCAGAACCAGAAAAUUCCACGCCAAAAGUAGAAGAAGAUCAAGAAAUUAUGAAAUUAGACGAGGAAGAGACUCCGGAGGAAGAGGCGGAGGAGGAGGAGUUUGAGUUCGCUAUUCCAAGCUCAGAGCCGGCGGAGCCACCGAUUUCAGCGGGGGAUAUUUUUUAUAACGGUCAAAUUAGACCGACUUAUCCUCUAUUCAACACCUCGUUACUAUUAGAAAAAGAUGAACAGUUAUUACCUAAAUCAGCUCCGAAGCCAAAUCGAUUGCCGUUACGGAAGCUAUUCAGCGAAGAAAGGGAAACGUCAACUACGACGUCGUCGUCUUCGUCGGAGGCGGAUGAGCUAGAAUCCGUACCGGAAGAUUCUUAUUGCGCGUGGAAACCUAAAAGUGCGGCGAGUAUCAGCAAGAAGAGCCGCUCCACAGGAACGUCUUCGAAGAGAUGGAAGCUUCGGGAUUUGCUUAAUAGAAGUAGGAGUGACGGAAAAGAGACGUUUGUGUUCUUGGCUCCGCCGGCUGCGGCGGAGAAGAAGAGUAACGGUGGCGAUGUUGUUGAAGUUGAAGAACACUAUGUGAAGAAUAGAGCGGUUAUGAAGGAAGGAGAUAAACGACGGUCGUUUUUGCCGUACAGGCAGGACUUGGUUGGGUUUUUCUCUAAUGCUAACGGUUUGAGUAGAAAUCUGCGUGCUUAUUGAGAGUUUGAUUUUUAUUUGUUUUUAUUAUUAUUUUAUACUUGAAAUGGAAAAUACUGUUAUAUAGUAUUUGUUAUUAUUUUUAAUUAUAGCAUGUAUAUAUAAAUUUUCUUUAAAUUUUCA